CAUGAAUUUUGACGACUAGAAAAAAAUAAAAUAAUGAAAAGUCGGAGGCCUUAACUCCGAUUUUGAGUUAAGGUGCUUAAAAACAUCUAAUCAACAUAUUUUUUUUUUCUUAAGUGUUCGUAAAUUGCAUUUUAUAUUCCUGUGAAAAUUAUGUUUAUUUCAAUACUUUAAUUAAGUAAUUAAAAAAUAAUGUUGAUGAAUAUGGCAGUACCACUUCGUUUAGGUCACUCAAAAUUGUUCAAAUCUGGACUUAUUAGUGGAUUAUGUAAGUUAAGUCAACAAAAAAAUGUGGCAAAAACACAAGUCGCAUUUAUCACUGGGAAAGUUAUGCGACAAGACCGACCACCUCGUCCAGCGCCUUACGACUACAUGAACAAAGAUUAUUCAUUUUGGGAUGUGUUUUUCGAUCCUAUGGAAGAGAGAUUUGAUGAUAAUACUAAAAUAGUUGUUAUUGAAGGACUACCGGGUGUAGGAAAAGAUAAAUUUGCGCGACAACUUGCUGAAGAACUAGAAAUGUGUUACAUGCCUCCAUACAGCUGGGAUGAAUUUUUAAUCACUCCAUAUGGAUUUGAUAUGAGAAAUCUCAAUUCAAAGCUACCGAUUGACGCGCAGUACUUUGAUUUAAAUAUGUUCCUCAAGGAUCCAAAGGGCCGAAACAGCGCAUCUAUACAGCAUGGAUAUUAUAUGAUGAGAUACCGUCAAUAUAUUAGGGCGUUGCAGCAUCUGUUUUCAACAGGAGAAGGUGUUAUUUUGCAGCGUUGUCCAUGGUCUGACAUGGUCUUUGCCAAUGCAAUGUUCCAGAGUGGAUAUAUAUCUAGAGGUGGUCUUACUUACUACAAUAGUGUAAGAACCAACAGCCUUUACCAUCUUUUCAGACCACAUUUAGUUAUAUACUUGGACGCACAGAUUCAAACGAUAAAGAAUCGUAUUCAAAGAAAUGGAACACCGGAAGAGAAAAGCACGAAAGCAUUCACUACUAAAUAUCUGAGUGACAUUGAUAAAUUUUACAAAGAAAAAUAUAUACCAAAUAUUUCAAAGCAUGCCCAUGUGUUGUUUUAUGACUGGACUGAAGAAGGCGACAUGCCAACAAUUGUUGAUGAAAUUCAACAAUUGGAAUUCGAUGAUUUUGACAGAGAAACUGAAAAAAUGGAUGAUUGGAAAUUUACAACUCUAGAUGCACAACGGGCAGCGAGAGGUGUCUUUUGUAACCAAGCUGAGGCAUUGACUCACUCAACACUUGUCAUGCGUUAUGAUAUUCCAGAUGUGAUUGUAUCAGGACAGGAUCUCCAUGAUCACCAUCUAGUAUUAGCAAACCAUCAAGAAACUGAAGGAGGUGUUCAAUACGCACCGGGAUACGAUCCACAACUCGACAAAGGUGUUUUGUUUAAAACUAAAGAAGAACAUAAAAUCAGAUAAACUAACACAAAUUUAUUUAUAUGAAGUGGUAAAGCUGAAGCUGUUUAUAGUCUUCUCUCGAUAUUAUUUAGUCAUUAUGGCUUAGUUGUGAAAUAAUUCAUUGUAAAAUUCAUUAAACCAUUCGAGAGAAUAAA